CCUAGAAGAAAAACAAAAGCCUCUUUUUCCAAUCGUUUCUCUUCUCUCACCCAACCACAUCUAGGGUUUGCUUUGCUCGCUUGCUCUCCACUCUCUCCAGCCAUGGCGGACUACGACCUGACGCCGCGCAUCGCGCCGAACCUCGACCGCCACUUGGUCUUCCCCUUGCUGGAGUUUCUCCAGGAGCGCCAGCUCUACCCCGACGAGCAGAUCCUCAAGUCCAAAAUCGAGCUCCUCAACAAGACCAACAUGGUCGACUACGCCAUGGACAUCCACAAGUCCCUCUACCACACCGAAGACGUCCCUCAAGAUAUGGUGGAGAGGAGGGUUGAGGUUGUGGCCAAAUUGAAGGCGUUGGAGGACGCCGCGGCGCCGCUUGUUACGUUUUUGCAGAAUCCGGCUGCGGUUCAGGAGUUGAGAGCUGACAAGCAGUACAAUCUUCACAUGCUCAAUGAACGUUAUCAGAUUGGCACCGAGCAGAUAGAUGCAUUAUAUCAAUAUGCGAAAUUUCAGUUUGAGUGUGGAAACUACUCUGGCGCUGCCGACUAUCUUUAUCAGUACAGGGCUUUGUGCACAAACAGUGAAAAGAGUCUGAGUGCAUUAUGGGGCAAGUUGGCAGCUGAGAUUUUGAUGCAAAACUGGGAUACUGCUCAAGAAGAGCUUACUCGGUUGAGAGAAAUUAUUGACUCCAAGAAUUUCAGUUCACCUAUGAAUCAGGUGCAAAGCAGAAUAUGGCUAAUGCAUUGGAGUCUCUUUAUAUCUUUCAACCAUGAUCAAGGACGAACACAAAUAAUUGAUCUAUUUUUUUCAGACAAGUAUCUAAAUGCCAUUCAGACCAAUGCUCCCCAUCUUUUACGUUACUUAGCCACUGCUUUCAUUGUUAACAAGAGAAAGAGGAAUCAAUUUAAAGAUUUUAUAAAAGUUAUUCACAAGGAGCAACACUCUUAUCAAGAUCCCAUUACAGAGUUUCUGGCGUGUGUAUUCGUCAAUUAUGACUUUGAUGGAGCACAAAAGAAGAUGAAAGAGUGGGAAGAAGUAAUACUGAAUGAUCCUUUCCUUGGAAAGAGAGUUGAAGAAGGCAACUUCUCUACUGUACCGAUGAGAGAUGAAUUUCUUGAAAAUGCCCGACUGUUUAUCUUUGAGACAUAUUGCCGUAUCCAUCAGCGGAUCAGUCUGGGAGUGCUAGCCGUGAAAUUGAAUUUGAAUUAUGAAGAGGCUGAGAGAUGGAUUCUUAAUCUUAUUCGAAACUCAAAGCUUGAUGCCAGGAUUGACACAAAGGAAGGAACCGUCGUCAUGGAACCAAAUCAACCCAAUGUGUAUGAGCAAUUGAUAGACCACACAAAGGUUUUACAAGUGCGUACUCACAAGUUAGCCACUCAGAUUCUUGAACAUGCUCAGGCUGCUGUAUAAGUUAGAUGGUGAAUUUUUCUGAGGAUUCAUUCUUCGUCGUCUUCAAAAUAUCCGAAAUUUGUUUAUUUAGAUCAAUUGUUGGAUUUGAAGUGCGAGCAAUUUAAGUGACUAACACCUCUACUGGCAACAGAAAGUUUUGUUUUUGUCAAAGAGAUUACAGUUUUGCUCGAGUUCAGAUUCGCCAGAUAAACAUUAUUUAGCUUUUGGAGUUCAUUUAAUUAUUAUUAUUUUUUUUUACCACCUUGAUGCAGAAUGUUAUUAUUAAGCUACUUCUCAGUUAAUGUGCCUUAAACCCAUGUUUGGUAAAGAGGAAAAGAAAGGACAUAGAUGAGGAAAAUAUUGAGG